AUGAAAGAGACUCUCUCGCAAUAAAUUGGACGGAUAUUUUGUAUCUUGCUCUAUAGUGCUUCAAAAUAUUAUAAAACGGUAUUUGUUGGGGGAUAUAAUGUAAAUCAGCCAGACGUAAAAAUACAUGUAGAAUUAUUACCGCUAAUUGUCACGCGAAUACCACUAUGAUUUUAAUCAUGUCGUAAUAGAACAUUCCGGAAUAAGAUUGUGUUAAAAGUGUGUAUUUCACCAGAGAAUAGCAAACUUGUGUAUUUCACCAGAGAAUAGCAAACUAUUUCACCAGAGAAUAGCAAACUAUUUCACCAGAGAAUAGCAAACUAUUUCACCAGAGAAUAGCAAACUAUUUCACCAGAGAAUAGCAAACUAUUUCACCAGAGAAUAGCAAACUAUUUCACCAGAGAAUAGCAAACUUUUAAGCUAAGAUGUAAUCCGUAUAAGACUACUGGUACUAGUAUGUAAGAACAAAAACAACAACAACAAGAAACGUGAAUGGUGAAAGGUGUAUUCAUGUUUUAGUUAGCAUAAACAUGAAGUUGUUGUUCAAUCUGUGUGUGACGUUGCUUCUAAUAAAUGGUGUGAACUCUUUCUUCGGGUUGCGUAGCAACGAUGUAGAUGAUGCCGAUGACGGCGAGGUAUCGAACGCGAUAUUCGACUACAACCUGUUCCUGAAGAGUCCACAUUCCGCGCGUGUAGACUCGAAGUCCAAGGUUGAAACGCUUGGUGGCGUGUUGAAAGGUCACAUAAUGGAACUGAAACGCUCUACCAUGAAUCAGGAAAUUGACGUCAUCUUCCUUGUGGACAGCUCCACUAGCGUCGGGAAAAAGAAUUUCGUUGAGGAGAUAAAGUUCGUAAAGAAACUGCUUUCCGACUUCACCGUCGACGUCAACGACACGCGCGUUUCCGUGAUCACGUUCUCUUCACGCGAUCAAGUGAAACGUCACGUGGAUUACUUCUCGGACGUCGAGAAGUUCCGUAACAAGUGUUCGCUGAUGGACGACCUCGCGAAAAUCGAGUACAGCGGUGGCGGCACGUAUACUCUGGGCGGGCUGCUCGAGGCCAAGAAAGUCUUGAAGAACGCGCGCCCCACAGCGAACAAGGUAAUAUUCCUGCUCACAGACGGCUUCUCGAACGGCGGCGACCCGACGGUGGAGGCCCGGAUACUUCGGCAGGCGGGCGUGAAGAUCUUCACAUUCGGCAUCCAGAACGGCAACAUCGUGGAGCUGUACGACAUGGCGUCCGCGCCCAAGAACGAGUCCACCUACAUUCUCGACAGUUUUGAGGAGUUCGAGUCGCUCGCCAACAGGGCUCUCCAUGAAGAUCUGAAUAUCGGUCGGUACGUGGUUGAGCCGGACCGGAAGUGCAACCGCCUGUGUGUCGGGCGCGACUGCUGCGACCCGCUUGCCAGCUGCAAGUGCGGCACCCACACCGGCAAGUACGAGUGCCUUUGUCCUCCCGGUUACUAUGGGAACGGACUUCGCGGCGGUUGUCAAGCGUGCCCUGCCAGUACGUACAAGCCCAACGAUCGUCCCGGAGAUGUGCGCACGUGCGUGAAAUGUCCGGAUGAGAACCACGUCACAGAGCCUGGGUCGACCUCUAUCGAGCAGUGUCUGUGUAGGAAGGGGUACCGGAGCUUCGCGAACAACGGGUGUGCUGUGCUGACGUGCCCGCCACUGAACGACCCAAAGAACGGCUACUUCGUGAACGACAAGUGCAAGAACGUGUUCAACGCGGCCUGCGGCCUCCGCUGCAAGCCAGGCUACGAGCUGCGAGGAAGCAGCCUCCGGAUAUGCCGCGAGGAUGGCACGUGGUCUGGGGUCGACACGCAGUGCAUCAUGAAAACGUGUCCGGCCUUGAUGAAACCCAAGAACGGCAACAUGAUAUGCACGACGGACGAUUUUAGCUUCAACACCGUCUGUCGGUUCACGUGCGACACCGGAUACAAGCUCGUGGGCUCCAGGAAGCGCACGUGCCUCGCCAUUGCCUUCUGGACCGGAAUAAACACUAGAUGCAGAGAGAUCAAGUGCCGACCUUUACCAGUGGUGCGUGACGGCGUGACAUAUCCAGCCUCGUGUACGACGGGCGACGUGCCUUUUGGCACCACGUGCACGGUCACGUGCCACACCGGAUACAUCUUGUUGGGUCCAUACAACAAGCAGUGUCUGCCGGAGGGCGUCUGGUCUCCGGCGUCCGAACUGAGCCAGUGUAUAGACACUGCUCCACCGUUCAUCAUGUGUCCGUACAACAUCGAAGCUGAUUGUGACCUCAACGAGAACACCGCCACUGUUUCCUGGCAGGUGCCCCUCGCGGUGGACAACUCCGGUUACUUGCCGAUCUUGACGUCACAUCCUGCCGUUAUGCCCCCGGAGAAGUUCCCUAUAGGCACCACCCAGGUGACUUACAUAGCCGAGGAUCUGAACAAGAACAAGGCCGAAUGCCACUUCUAUAUAGUGGUCAAAGAUCGCCAGAAGCCCACUGUAGACCGCUGCUUUCAUCCUCUGCCGAUCGUGUCCGCGGACGUGUACACGGAAGUGACGUGGGAGGAGCCGCUCUUCAGCGACAAUUCCGGGGAGGAGCUGCGCAUCCGGCGCUCCCACGCCCCGGGACUUUUCCCUCUGGGAAUCACGGAAGUACAAUAUAUCGCGUACGACCCGAGCGGGAACAGCAACAACUGCACAGUGAGGAUAAAUGUUAUACCUCACCCAUGCGAGUACCCGCCCGUGCCUCUGAACGGUAAUCGCACGUGCUACGAGGACAGCCAGGGAGUCGUCUGCAUGUUCACGUGCAGGCCCGGAUAUGACUUCGCGGUCACGCCCGCGCGCCAAUACACGUGCGCCUUCGACAACGUGUGGGAGCCGCGCGAUAGAAUGCCCGUCUCGGACUGCUCGGCACUGGAGCUGUCUAACGAGAUCAUCCAGCCUGCGUCCUUCACCUUUGCCGGCCUCGUGGCCUGUCAGGAGAAGAUCGAACUCACGCAGCUGGAGAAGGAUUUCGAGAGGAAAAUAUCAAAACGUAUCAAUGAACUAUGUGAGGAAGGUGUGGAUUGCUCCAUCCGGGAUCUGGAGACCACAUGUCGAGAAAACAAAGUUGACGGAGUGUAUAUCGUUCUGGGCCGCGAAAAGCGGUCCGUUCCACAUGUGUCACGUGCAAAGCGAGAGACGCUGGACGAGGAGCACGAAGAAUACGAGACCCUCAAUGCAACCGUGACCUUUACGUACAAUCUGGCAGGCAAGGUAAAAGACAACACAGGCGCCGGCGCGCCGGAAGUCUCGGCGCUGCAACAGAAGCUAUUGGUGGUGUUCGACAACAUCAAGACGACGAUGGAGAAGGACGCGCGCCGCGGCGACCUUGACCUGGAAGUGGAGGGUCAGCCGCUAAGUCUACAAGGGUACGAGCUCCGGGAGGCGCCCGUGUUCACAUGCGAGACAGGAAGUGUCCAGAAAGGAAGGUCAUGCGCAAAGUGCCCCAUUGGUACGUUCUUCAACAUCGUUUCCCGUGAGUGCGAAGGAUGCCCCCGGGGAACGUUCCAGCACCUGGCCGGUCAAGUGUCGUGCUUGUACUGCCCCGGAAACACCUCCACCAUGGAACCAUUUUCCGUCAGUCAGCACAACUGCACGACACUCUGUCUGCCGGGAACCUUCUCAAACACGACGGUGGAGCCGUGUGAGACCUGCCGCCGCGGUUACUAUCAGGACCGGUACGGGCAGGCGGAAUGUGAGAGGUGUCCCAAACAGUAUACCACCUUACGACGAGGCGUCAUGGACCCCAACGAAUGUAAAGAAAAAUGUUCCGUGGGUUACGUGUCAAAGACCGGGGUGGAGCCGUGCUGGCCCUGUCCACGGGGCACAUUUCAAUCCAAGCCUGGGAAGUCCGCGUGUAUCAAGUGCCCGGGGGGAGCGGAUACGUUCAGUGACGGAGCCUCGGACGUCAUGCAGUGUGAAAUGGCGCAGUCGGACUACCCGCAAGACGUCGCUCCACCGGAAGUGAGUGAGGCGCCGCAGGCCGAACUGGCGUUUGACGACUGCUUCUCCAUGCCUUGCAAGAACAACGCCACCUGCAGCCCGGCGCCGAGCGGCCAGGGUUUUGAGUGCAAUUGCACCGAGGGAUUCGGGGGUGUGCACUGUGACACGGAGUUGAACGAGUGUGACGUCAACCCGUGUCUGCACGGGGGCACGUGCGAGGACGGUCUAGGGGACUACCUGUGUCAUUGUGCACUGGGAUACACCGGAAAGAAGUGCGAGACUGACAUUGAUGACUGCUCAGAGAUCGUCUGCUUGAAUGGCGGCGUCUGCGUGGAUCAGCUGGACGGCUAUACGUGUAGUUGUGUCCAUGGUUACACGGGCGUUCUAUGCGAGACGAACAUUGACGAGUGUGUGUCGUCGCCGUGCCUAAAUAACGGAACGUGCGUGGAUGGCGCUGGCGGCUACCGCUGCGACUGUCCGCCGGGCCUCCGAGGAGAGCAGUGUGAGAUCGACGACGACGACUGUGCAAGCGGACCCUGUAAGAACGACGCCACGUGCGUCGAUGACGUAGACGGAUACACUUGCGAUUGUCCUCCGGGUUACGAUGGAGAGAACUGCGAGAUCAACAAGGACGAGUGCGCCAGCGGACCCUGCGUGGCUCCGGCAACCUGCCAGGACCUUGUGAACGACUACAAGUGCAUAUGUCCCAUUGCCAAAACGGGCCGUAACUGCGACCAGAACAUCGACCCAAACUUCCAGCUGGAUUUCCCGCGUACGGCCAGUACGACGGACUACGCGCUGACGACCAUCAAGCAAGACCUGACCGCCGUUACCGUCUGCUUCUGGAUGAAGACAGACGACAGCACGAAUCAGGGCACCGCCUUCUCGUAUGCCAACGUGGAGGGCGACAAUGUGUUCACGCUGACCAAUUAUGAUGGGUGGGCGUUCUACGUUAACGGUGACAACAGGACCACUAUCGUGAAGGCCAACACUGGUCAGUGGAUUCACGUGUGCGUGCUGUGGUCCUCAAACCGAGGCACGUGGAGGAUAUAUAUGAACGGUAUACCCAGUGACAGCGGCAAAAACUUGGCUGAAGGACAAAAGAUAACAGGAGGAGGCGUGUUCGUGAUAGGCCAAGAGCAGGACUCGCUGGGUGGAGACUUCAACAGCGCCGAGACGUUCAUAGGCAAGAUCACGCAGCUCAACAUGUGGAGCCGUGAGUUCACCUCCGCGGAAAUUGACAAACUUAGGCUGAGUUGCGGCAGACAGUUGGGGAACGUGAUUGCUUGGACAGAUAUAUCUGGCAACGUGUUUGGGGCGGUUAGAGAGUCGCCUAUAGACUUUUGUAAAGAUUGCCCGGAGCCGCCGAAGUUCGAAUACGGGGAUGCUACGUGGAGCUCCCUAAGGGCCGGCUCCGAGGUCCAGUUCAGCUGCAAGGUGGGAUUCAAUCUUGUGGGCAAACCUACGUCAUUCUGCCUCGUCACCGGGGAGUGGGAGGUGGAUGAAACGCCGCCCAAGUGUGCACGAGUCCAAUGCCCAUUCCCGCGCACGCCCAGGAACGGGUUUAUCAGCGAAGGCACGGACUACACGUUCGACCACCGUGUGCGCUUCUCCUGCAACAAGGGCUACGCGCUGGUCGGGUCGGACACGCAGUACUGCGGGGAGUUUGGCUUCUGGGAGGGGGACACGCCCACGUGCGAAGCCAUAAAAUGCUCCAUCCCAGCGUUGUCGGAGAACACGCGAGUUAUCAACCCGUCACCCGACAACAAGUACAACCCCGGAACCGAAGUGCGCUUCGAGUGCUCGGAGGGCAAUAACUUCUACACGGAACACACGUUCGUCGACUGUAACGCGCAUGGAGCAUGGGACCAAAGUAUCCCCACGUGCGACCCGCAAAAGUGUGGCUUACCGCCAAAGAUUGAGCACGGCACUGUUGCCUUCAGUUCCGGUGUAACGGAUUUUCCGGUCGGAACGUUUCUGGUGUAUACCUGCGAGUUCGGGUUUGAACUCGCGAAAGAUGGACCUAACAAGGACGGUCGGAUCUCGUGUCUUCCUGACGGUUCGUGGAGCGUCCCUUUACCUCAGUGCACGGUUAUCACAUGCCCGAAGCCUCAAUCUGUCGCCAACGGAAAUUACACGUACGAUACGCUAGAUUUCCUCGGUCAGGUCAGGUACACGUGUUACCCCGGCUACGAAGCGAGCUUUAAGGAAGUCAUUGAGUGCUUUGAGACCGGAAAAUGGAGCAGAGAUCCUCCGAAAUGCGAACCCGUGAGGUGCAGCAAACCGGAUUCAAUAUUACACGGUAGUAUGAUUCUUCCGGAAAACGGAAUAUUCACUUACGGCGUGACAAUACAAUACGAAUGCAACUUGGGCUAUUUGAUUGUUGGGAACACAACAAGAACGUGCGCACAGAACGGUAGAUGGAGCGGCAGUGAACCGGUUUGUAAGCCAAUCUCAUGCGGAAAACCUAAAGGUAUUGACUUUGGGCAAAUAGUUGGUAGGGAUUUUACACUUAACAAUGCCAUAAGUUAUGUUUGUGACGAGGGCUUUGAGCUGAUAGGGGCCGCGCAAAGCACGUGCAGAGAGACCGGAAAGUGGCAAAACGAUCCACCGGUGUGCAGUAAGGUAUCAUGUGAAGUACCAGCGGCGGUUGCGAAUGGCUUUUAUGCAGGCCGCUCUUACUUUUACCAAAACUCAGUUACGUACGAAUGUGAGAAUGGUUACCGGCUCGUCGGCAAUGACACGUUAACGUGUCAAUCGAACCGGAAGUGGUCCGUUGCACCGCCCCUAUGUGAAGCAAUCAAAUGCGCGAGUCCUCCGUUUGUUGCCCACGCUAAUUAUGCAAACCCAAAGAACCUUGAACUGUUUGAUAUCGGUCACAAAGUGCAAUACAUUUGUAUGAGUGGGUACGCGAUUUCGUCAAACAGCUUAAACCCAAGAGGGGAAAUCGAAUGUCUUAAUACCGGUUUUUGGGAAGCGAACUUGCCAGAGUGUUUGAUUAUUUCUUGUCCACAGCCUGUCGCAGUUAACAAUGGAAGGCCGCUGUAUGAGGCGGUAACGUUUGGCAGUGACGUAACGUACAUUUGCGAUGACGGUUAUGCUAUAAAUGAAGGUUUAGACGUGUUAACUUGUGAAGCCAGCGGAGUGUGGUCUGGACCGUUUCCAAUUUGCGUUGCCCAAGUUUGUAUCGCACCCGUAUAUGUUCUGAACGGUGAACUGCGUUUUAAAGAUCUCAACGUCGGCUCCGUUAUACGCUACGUGUGUAACGACGGCCACCAGUUGUUUGGCGAGGAAGUGCGACGCUGCCUCGCAAACCUGUCGUGGUCGGGAUCCGAGCCCAGUUGUAUACCGGUUGAAUGCGGCGUCCCACAGUCCGUACAGCACGGAAACACGACUUUUAAUGAGACCUCUUUCCAGUCGUCUGUUUCCUACGUUUGCGAUCAAGGUUACUAUCUAGUUGGAGACAGCAUACGGGUCUGUCAAAGAAACAAAACCUGGAGUGGAAACGUACCGACAUGCGAACUAGUGCAGUGCGACCAGCCUUCGCGGAUCAUUUCUAACGGACGAAUGAAUGGAGAUAAUUACACGUAUGGGUCAGUUGUGACGUAUGAGUGCGACCCAGGAUACUUUAUUGACGGGUUGUCGAACAGCAGAACGUGCUUGGAGACGGGCGAGUGGGAUCGUCCAAUUGUCGUCUGCAACGCCGUUGAAUGUCCAAGACUUAACGUUCGAAACGGACAGACGUCUGGUUUUGAAACCGCCUAUGGCACAACCCUAACCGUGUCUUGCAAGCGGGGGUACAAGCUGGUAGGCGCUUCGACGACGACUUGCCUUAAGAGCGGGAUAUGGAGUGGCAACGAAACGCGGUGUGUCAAAUAUAAUUGUUCGCACCUGGAACCACCGACAAACGGCGAAAUAAUCGUGGACUUCAACUCCAUAGCUUCGUUCAUGUGUUUGCCAGGAUACAACUUAAAUGGCGAGAAGGAACUGCGCUGCCUUGACAACGAUACUUGGUCAGAAUCCGCCCCUACCUGCGACGCAAUUGAGUGCCCGGAUGUUACACAGAGCGGCCUUUCGAACGGGAGGAUGACAUUCGAGUCGCUUGUCUAUGAAUCAACGAUCAUCUUCGAAUGCGACGCUGGCUUCUUAUUGAGAGGCGGAAGAAGCAUCGAGUGCCAGGCGGACGGCACAUGGACCGGAGACACCCCGGUGUGCGAGAGACUCGUGUGUUACCCGCCCUAUGUAACUGAGAAUAGCCGAUUCGUUGGAGACAACAUGUCGUACGGGGCAGCGAUUGAGUUUGUUUGCGACAGGGGGUACAAAUUACGGGGACAAAGUACCCGCACUUGUCAAGCGAACGGUAUUUGGUCAGGAAUCGCACCCACGUGUGAACUCAUCUUUUGCCCAAGACCUGAAUCGGGAAAUGUAGUUAUCAUCGGUAACGACUAUUCGUUUGGAAGUGUACUUGAGUACAGAUGCAACGAAGAGUAUGGGUUGGUCGGUCCUGCUUUCAGGAAUUGUACUGAAUCAGGGCAGUGGUCUGGAACAGAACCAACGUGUGUUCGAGAUGAAUGUCCAAGAACGAAGGAUUUGACUAACGGACGAUUCCAGUCGUCGGGAAACGGACCUGGUUCUCGUGUGACCUUCCAGUGUAACGAAGGUUAUACGCUGGUCGGGUUGGGACUCAAACUGUGCCUCAAGCAGACACUGCUGUGGUCAAACGCUGAUCCAACAUGUGAAAGGGUUUCAUGUCCCGAUCCGCCUGCCAUCCCAAAUGGAAAAGUUUCUGCCAAGAAAUACUUUUACCUUGACACAGUCGAGUAUCAAUGCAACGACGGCUUCCAGAAGUUUGGUCUUAAUGUGCCCGUCUGCACCUCGAGUGGGUCAUGGGGUAGGUCUGACAUAGAGUGCUUGAAGAUCUCCUGCGGAAAAUUAGUCGUACCUGAAAACGUUGUAGCCACACUUCCCAGAAACGAGAGCGAAGGUCGCUUUAACGAAACGGCUAAAUUGACCUGUGUAGAAGGAUACGUUGGUCGUGGAGUGAAUCAACAAAAGUGUCUUUCCAAUGGAACCUGGACACGGUCUGAUUUCCGGUGCGAGGUGGUAGAGUGCCCUGUUUAUGACUCACUCAAAAACGGCCGAGUGAAAGCAAGCGGAAACAAGUACGGAAACGUUGUAGAACUGCAGUGCGAUGAAGGCUACUAUCUAACCGGAAAGUCGUCGUUGAAAUGCGGGGCAAAUGGAAACUGGGACGACGAUUUCCAGACGUUUUGCGCCGAGAACCAGUGCGUGGAACCCUCGGGAAUCAGCAACGGGUUUGUGUCGGCUUCCUCCAGGUCGGUGGGCGCCACUGCCACGUAUACGUGUAGCGAGGGAUUUAGGCUCCAUGGCUCUAAUCAACGUGUGUGUAGUAGGAACGGCACGUGGAACGGAUCGGAUCCGUAUUGUCGUAUGGUAAUCUGUGAGGUACCCCCGCCCGUGGAGCAUGCUAAGGCGUUUGAUGCACUGACUCAGUAUUUGUACCAGUUUGAAGCGAGAUACGUAUGCAAAACCGGGUACUUCAUUUCUGACGGUGACGCGUUGUUGCGGUGCUCGGAAUCUGGGCAAUGGAUAGGGAAGGUUCCGAAGUGUUCGCUGGUCAAGUGUAAAGAACCAGUUGCGCCGGCAAAGAGUAAGGUUUUGGUUGCUUCCUUAACGUAUGGAAGUGAGGCACAGUACCUAUGCUUUCCUGGUUAUAGACUGAAGGGUUCGACAACCGUGCGAUGUGACGAAACCGGAAACUGGAAGGGAGUUGUCCCCGAGUGUGUACCGAUCGACUGCGGUAACCCACCUGUGGUUGCAAACUCCAUAGUCGUAGAUUCUGGGGAUCACACAUAUAACAAUCAAAUAUUGUACAACUGCCAGGUGGGUUUUCAGCUAGUUGGGGAGAGUAGCCACAAGUGUCUUGCAACAGGCGUUUGGUCGGGAACUCCGCCUGUAUGUGAGCCAAUCUCAUGCGGGGUUCCACCGAAGAUUACACACGCCAUAUACCAAGGUUCGUCUCAUCGGUAUUUGGACAAAGUGACGUAUAUGUGCCUCGAUGCAUAUGAAUUAAAAGGCAAUAACGUGCUCCAGUGCGCAUACGACGGCGCCUGGCAGGGGAAAAGACCGGAAUGCGUCGAAAUCACAUGUGGCCCGCCGCCUGUGUUCGACCACGCGUUUACGUCAAUGUCGGUCGGUGCUGCUAUUGGUAGCGAGGCAACAUUUGUGUGCAACGAGGGGUAUUAUCUCGUCGGAAGUGCCCGCGCCAUAUGCUUGGCCAACAAGACGUGGCGCUACGAAAACGACGUCCCAACAUGCAGACCAAUAGACUGUAGGCCGCCUCCAAAAGUGCCCCAUGCUAGUAGUACCUUUACGUCAACGUUGUACGAAGCGCUUGUGGCUUAUGAUUGUGAUCUAGGAUACCGCAUGGCGUCAGGGGGUCAGCUUCGAUGCAGUUCAGCCGGCACGUGGGUGGGUCCGUCUACAAAGUGCGAACCUGUCACGUGCGGCAAGCCACCGAAUGGGGAACACAUGACAGUGAUUGGAAACAGCUCUACUUACGGCAGCGCGGUGUCCUACCAGUGUGCCAGCGGUUAUGAACUAACGCACGAGAAGAAAUCCGUCUGCCUGGAAACGGGGUCGUGGUCAGUCUCCUCGCCGGCGUGUCAACGCGUGCGAUGUCAACAGCUGCGCAUCCCCGAGAACGGCAUUACUGUUAACGGUCACUUCAACACGCACAACCGGUAUGGCGACCGUAUCGUCCUGGGCUGCGCAGACGGGUACCAAAUGAUUGGGGAGGCGAGUUUGCAAUGCAUGGAGAACGGGAGCUGGAGCAACGGGCUGCCCACGUGCAAACCCAUAUACCAAUCUGCUCUAGCGGCUUGUCCCUCGGAAGUUCUGCUAGAAAACGCAAGCCCUAUGUCGAAAGGGGUCAACAUCGGAAGUCGAGCUACAGUGACAUGCGCAGAAGGAUUCAUGUCUACGGGCAAUAUGACAACGACCUGUGAGGCAAACCUAAAGUGGUCUCUACCGGAAGGUCGUUGUUCAAGUACGUUCUGCGGGAAGCCACUUUUGCGAGAUUUUGUCAACGUAGUAAGCAUCAGCGGGUCUUCGUAUUUCUACGGCGAUGUCAUAACGUACCGUUGCCGUGCCGGGGUGCAGCCAGCGCGCUUCCCGCCGGCGAUCAUGUGUCUGUCGGACGGAACGUGGGACGGGGAGAUUGCAUGUGGGGUCACCUGCAAGCGUCCCUGUCAGAACGGUGGAAUCUGUCUGGGUCUGAACCGCUGUAAGUGCCCGACCGGCUACGGUGGACCUGUCUGUGAACAAGCUCUCUGCAUCCUGCCCUGUCUGAACGGAGGAACGUGUGUCGCCCCGUACAAGUGUGCGUGUCCCGACGGCUGGGAAGGAGUCAGAUGUCAGACAGCUAUUUGUCGCAAGCCAUGUGCCUAUGGAGGGCGCUGUGUGGCGCCCAACAAGUGUCUGUGCAACCAUGGUUACAGUGGGGCCUUCUGUGAGAGCAAGAGGAGGGCUUAGUGACGAUGCUAUCUGCGUGCAGAGCUGUGCGAAAAUAUGCAUACGCGGAUAUUGAACCCGUGCAGAUGCAGUCGAGCAAUGAACAAUUGAACAUAUUUACACAACUUAAAAUAUUGCAUGUUCAGUCUUUAAAAUGACUAUAAAUUGUACUUGUAUGAUUUUUGGAAAUAAACAAAUGUGUGUACCAUGUU